AUGACGCAGAUUAGAGCAAGUAACAGGGAAAUAGAGAUGUACCUCAUGCUUGAUGCUGACAUCUGGAUUAUAACUCUAUUAGUGGCUAGUGCAUGGAACUACAAAGACGAGAGACCUAUAAAUACCAGGGAAACCCUGGAAAGUGCAUCAGAUCGUGUCCUAGCCACACAAGAAUACGUUGAGUCAACUUUGAAGAAAGAACAAGAAUUAAUUUGCACCCAGGGUCUGGUAACAGAUUAUCACAUGUUUAAAAGUAAAGAUAUUCUUGGGAAAGGAACGAAAUCUUCAAAGAUAAAAUUUAUUGUUUCCAGUUUUACAAUGAACUCAGUUUUGGUCUUUAUCUUCCUUGCUAUCGUCUGCAUCAUUGAGCUUACUGAAGCCAACUAUAAGAAGUUGCCGUUCAAUGGCUCCAUCUUUGGGAAACGAAGCUCCAAUGAUCUUGACACCAGCCGUGCUUUGUUCGCCCUUUGUGAAAUUACCACCGAAACGUGUGAUGCAUGGAUGGAGCAGAUGUAUGGAAACAAAUAA